GAUGUCCUUUGUUAUGACGUGUCCAAUUUUCAGUCUUUUCAUAUAAAAGAGAAGCUCAUAAACAUAAUAAUAGACUACAGAGUUGAGAUGGCGGUGGCUAAGGGCUCGGCCUGUAGCAUGGAGACUGGAGCAGAAGAGAAAGAUUCCAGGACAGUAGUAGUUACUUUGGUGGAUGCCAUCACAGACAAGUACUGCAGCGGACCAGAGGAGUUCUUCAAUCCCGAGGUACUCCCAGUGUUUCAGGUCAUUAAGGAGCACUCGCCUAAAAGCAAACCAGGUGCUUCUCCAGUAGAGGAGAGGAAGAACAUUACUGUUGAUGAUAAAGGCAUAUCUGAGAGUGGCCCGGUUGAAAAGCUCUCCUCAAUGUGUCCGAAGCUAACCUCGCUUCACAUGAUAAAUAACUUGAUAAAAGACUGGGAGGCGAUCUUUGCUAUUAUUUCGUCAAUGCCAUUACUAGAAAAUCUCAAUCUCACCCUCAACAGGACUCUAUCAGGUGCUGCUUCACCUACUCUUCCUCUUCCUUGUCCACACGACUCAUUAGUCUGUCUUCAGCUUAGCUGCACUGGAGUUCCCUUUAAGACUGUAGUGACAUCUCUACCAGUUCUGCCAAAUUUGUCUGAGCUUCAUCUCAGCUGCAAUCAGUACACUGAUUCUGAUAUACUUCAGGCGUUAGAUGGAGAAAGGGAGGAUGGUAGACUGGUGCAUCAUAAAGUCUCUAAGCUUUAUUUUGUCGAAAACCAGCUCUCACAGUGGUUCAGUGUUGAGUGCAUCGGAGCUCUCUUUCCAAAUCUCCUCUCCCUCAUUCUCAAUUCUAAUCCAUUACAGAAAAUCUUACAUUCUAGUGGCUCAGGGUCUUCUCUCUUUCGGGUCCUUGAGUCCAUAAAUCUAAACGACUCUCAGCUUGAUUCUUGGGAUGAAGUUGAGAGACUGGGGGCCUACCCUCGUCUAAGGCACGUCUCUCUACUGCGUCUUCCUUUCUAUCAAAAUAUGACAAUGAAAGAGAGUCGCUUUGCAGCCAUUGCCCGCCUGCCCCUUGUGUCUUACCUCAACAAGAGCGUAAUAUCCGGAGAAGAAAGACAAGACGCUGAGAGAUGGUUUCUGAGAGAAUACAAAGAUCACUCUAAUCCUCCUGAUGCUUACAGACGCUUGUUAGAAAAGCAUGGUCACUUGCAGCCGCUGGUCCAAGUUUCUCUAGAAGCACCAAGAGUAGCAAACAUGACUUUCACUUAUGAAGGCAUUGAGAGACCAGAUGAGGCCAUUGAAGUUGAUAUUAUGCAGACGACACGUCAGUUUAGACGGUGGAUCGGGCGUAGGAUUCUCGUACCUCCGUCCAAGCUCAGAGUCUAUUAUAAUGAUGAUGAGGGGUCCAAGAUUUAUGGAGGGGAGGAGCUGAGGAUAGAGUCAAAGGCUUUGUAUACGUAUCGCAUGAAGGAUGGAGACAAAAUUGAAGUUUACAUUAAACAAUGAUAGUAUUUUUGUAGUUUAUUAUUUAUGAAUCAUAAUAAUGUUCUUUAUUUUAAAACUAUUUUCGGUUUCAGUAUACGUUAAUAGAAA